UCAUUUUGGUGGCCCGACCCUUCCAAGCAACACCAGCAGCAGCAGCAGCAGCAGCAAGGACCGUCACCCUCGCAGUCCUCCUGAACCUGCCAGCGCCGAAGAACACCAUGGCCAGGACGAUCCUGACGGCACUGUUGCUUGUGGCGGCGAUCGGCGCGGCGUUGGCGCGGCCCGAGCCACCAAGCGGCGCCUCGUACCCCUACCCCCGCGACGACCCUCAGCAGCGGCGGCCACACCGCCCACAGCAGCACCACCAGCACCACGGCCAGGACGGCGACGAGCAGCCCGCCGAGCAGUACGGCGCGCCGCCCAGAGGCAUGACGACGUACAGGUCGAGCCCGAUCGGCUCUCAGCAACAGCGACCUGGGGCGAGCAACGGCAGGUAUCUCCCUCCCGCAGGAGUCAGCGGUGGCGGCGCUCCUCGCGGCCGUUCUGGCCCCUCCCCGUCGGGCCGCCAGCAGAAACCUGGUCGCCACGGCCAGCAGGGCUCCUACGGUCAACGGGCUUCACAGGGACCUGUCUCAGGACGCGGCCAGUUCGGCGGACAAGCGGCCGGCCUCUACGGCAUGGCGAGGAUGGACUACCACGACGAGGAUCACCAUCACGCCGCCGGCAACAGCCUCGGUUCCGGGGCCACCUCCUCCGCUGGAUAUGAAUCGGGCGCCAACGGCCCCUCUGGAUAUGAAUCGGGCACCAACGGUCCCUCUGGAUAUGAAUCGAGCGCCAACGGUCCCUCUGGAUAUGAAUCGGGUGCCAACGGCCCCUCUGGAUAUGAAUCGGGCGCCAAUGGUCCCUCUGGAUAUGAAUCAGGCGCCAACGGUCUCUCUGGAUAUGAAUCGAGUGCCAACGGCCACUCUGGAUCUGGAUAUAAAACUGGUGCCAACGGUCAGUUUGGAUCCGGAUACGAUUCAGGCGCUAACCGUCACUCCGGAGGUGGAUACGAAUCGGGGGCCGGCAGUCAGUCAGUCUCUGGCUAUGGGUCGGGCGCCAACGGCUACCCUCGAUCUGGAUAUAAAUCGGGAACCAACGGUCACCACUCGGGUUCUGGAUCCAACUCCAACGGUUACGGAUCGGGGCAGUUUAGGUCCGGCAAUGGUCAUGGCCAGAGCCAAGGUCACGAAAAGCAGGGUCUCGGCCACGCCCAGGGCCACGGCCAGCAGACCCGCGGUCAGGGUGCUUUCCGCGGUCAGUCACGCCAGGCUGCCCCCCGCGACAUGUACGGCCCUCCCAACGGCUACCCGGUGGCCUUCGGCAACCACGGCAACCAGGAUGACGACGACAUGUCGGAGGACGCCAUGUACCAGUUCGAGUACAGCGUGGGCGACGACCAGCAGCAGCAGCAGCAGGGCAGCCACCGCGGACAGCAGGACGACGACAGCGACGUGCCCCAGUUCGGCCAGCACGAGGAGCGCGACGGCGAGCUGACCCGCGGCAGCUACCACGUCCUGCUCCCGGACGGCCGCCUGCAGCGCGUCGACUACGAGGCCGACGAGCGCGGCUUCCGACCCACCGUCAGCUUCGAGCAGCAGGACCCGAGCCAGCGAGGGGGAGCCGGCGGCGGACCUUACUAGGGGCCUAACUCACGCGCCCCGCCACGCCACGCCGCCCGCAGAACCAAGGAACUAUUCGGGCGCACACAUUCCUCACGGGGAGCAUAUCGUGCAUGCCCCUCUGGUGAGGCGGGUCCAGUGAGGGGGAGGGGCGCCCUCGGGGGCGAGCAUGGCGGCGCCCUGCUCAGCGUGCCCAGCACGUCAGCGGUGUGUGCGGGACGUGCGGGCCUGCCGCGGGGCGGGGCGCAGCGGGGCGCGGGGCAUUCUUUGAGGCCCCCACGCCAUGCCACACCGCGCCGCGCUCGCAGGCGCCUCCGCGGUCGCACAGGGCGCGCCUGCCUGCCUAUGGUACCUCUCCCUCCUCCUGCCCUUCUCUGGAGGGGACCAUAGUCGUCGUCGCCGCCGCUGCCGACGCGCCCGAGCGAACGUUGCGGUCGGAUCACCCUGCACGACUUCAUCUUCAUCACCACCACCACCACUAUCAUGGUCAUUGCCGUCGUGUGCAGCCACUGUAGUCGUAGUCAUUUGUGUGUAUGUGUGAGAAUGAGUGUGUGUAUCCCUGACCUUUAUGUGUAUCAUAGUGUUUGAUGAUGCGUGCGUCUGGCUCGCCAAAAGCACGCUAAUUUAUUUUUCAUUCGCUUUCUGAUGGGGAGAGCCGUUCUCUCGUUCAUCUCUUCAUAUCUCGACCCCCCAUCUCGUAUCUGCUAGAGAGAGAGAGACAGAGAGGGGGGGGGGGGAUAUAGAGAUAGAGGGAGAGACGGGCAGUCUCGGUAGAAGAGCGACGAUUAUUUCCCCACCAGAGCAAUAAAACUGCGCCCGUGCCGCGCUGCCGCAUCGCA